GAGACUGGAAGGUUUUCAGCGACAUAUUAACCCUGAAGUAAAGCCAUGCACCCGAGAUCAGACUCAUUUGAUCAACCGCCGUCGCUGCCUCCUAAUACUAGUGCUAAACGGGACUGGAGAUUUUGGCUUAUCUUUUUGUCUCUUACGGUUUCUUUCUUCAACACUGCUCUUGAACUUUGUUCUGUCUCAACAGCUCUACCGACGAUCGUUGACGAUCUGCACGGCACACAGUUUGUGUGGGUCGGGUCAGCAUAUGCACUUGCCGCUACCGCAUUCGUACCUUUAAGUGGGAGCCUUGCUGAGAUAUGGGGCCGAAAACCAGUGAUGUUAUCUGCUUUGAUUUUUUUUGCGAUUGGAAGUACUAUUUGUGGUUCAGCCACUAGUCUGGGUCAUUUAAUCAUUGGGAGGGCAAUUCAGGGCGUUGGAGGUGGAGGUAUUGCCGCUCUCUCUCAGAUCAUCCUAUCCGACCUAGUUCCCCUCCACGAGCGUGGACUAUUUAACGGUAUGAUAGGAUUAGCAUGGUCUCUUGCCAGUGGAAUUGGCCCCGUUGUCGGCGGAGCUCUCGCUCAGCGCGGCCAAUGGAGAUGGCUUUUUUACCUAAACGUACCAUUCUGUGCCGUUGCAGGUCUUUUGGUACUCUUGUUCCUCAAGUUACGCGCACCUUCGUCAACGCUGCGAGAAAAGUGGGAGCGUAUGGAUUGGCUUGGGAACUUUAUCGUCAUCGCAAGCACAACGUCGUGUAUCAUUGCUUUGACAUGGGGUGGUGUCCAAUAUCCGUGGUCUUCUGCCAGAGUUCUUGUUCCUCUUAUCUUGGGGCUUGUUGGCCUGUUUGUAUUUAUUGUGUACGAAUCCUACGUGCCUAAGUAUCCGAUGAUCCCAUUUUCGCUCUUGUCUACCGUUACAGGAGCAAGUGGAUUCCUUCAAACUUUCGUCAUGCCUAUUCUACUCAUUUGUAUCGUCUAUUACUUGCCUGUAUACUUUCAGGCUUGCAAAGGAGCGUCUCCUGUUGCUUCGGGCGUCGAUGGCUUUGGCAUUGCAUUCACAGUAGCUCCUUCUGGUGUGAUCGCGGGUAUAACUGUGACCAUUUCCCGUGGAUAUCGUAUCCAGUUAUGGACCGGUUGGGUAAUAGCGAUCAUUGGACUGGCCAUGAUCAGUACUCUUCAUGCGGACAGUUCUCGCGGAAUAGCCAUAGGAUUUCAGAUCAUCGCUGGUGUGGGUAUAGGAAUCAUCAGCACUACCACAUAUUUCCCGGUCCUCGCACCGUUACCCGUGUCCUCUAAUGCAAGUGCACUAGCGCUCUUUACUUUCCUUCGCAACUUUGCUCAGGUAUGGGGUCUUACCAUUGGAGACACCAUUCUACAAAACGCAUUCAGCAAGCGGCUACCAGAUGACUUUACAUCUGUGUUCCCACUAGGAACUGCAAUCGCGUAUUCUGUCAUACCACUUGUUUCUGCCAUUGAAGAGCCUUUGAAAUCAGAGGUUAGAGUUGCAUUUGCAGACAGCCUGUGUGUACUUUGGCAAGUACUCAUUGGAGUGGCUGGGUUGGGGUUGCUUGUAAGCCUUGUUAUGAAAGCACUACCAUUGCAUACAUCGACGGACAAGGAAUGGGGGGUGAAUGAUAGCGGUUCCGAUAAAUCGCUCCUAGCUCAGCGUUCUCUAGAAAAGUCUAGAGAAUCGCUUGUAUAA